AUGACCCUCUCAGGUUCCUUCUGGAACUUCUGGUCCCACACUUCCCAAGCACCACCCAAACCACGUCGAAGAACAGCCGUCUUGACCGAGCAAUACGUCGAGACCAUCGGUGGAGGCAGCAAGGAUGCCUUCUCCACCCCACCUUGCUUCGAUCCAGCAAUAGGAGAUCCCCGCUUACCAGUCGAACUGACGGUAGACAUCGUACUACUAGCGGCUCGCGAGAUUGCCCUCGAGAGCCAAGGAGAUGACAGCGACGCAAGUGCAUCGCAAAGAUUGUUGGAUCUAGCCCGAGUCAAUCGAGUCUGCCAUCGUGCGAUACUUUCAACUUUGCUGCUCCCCAAACUCACCCUGUACGGAAUGCACCAGAUCCGCGCAUUCGCCAUCUCUCUCGACAAAGAUCGUCUAGGCAUUCGUGCCCUUGCGCGAAGCCGAGUGCACACUUUGACUCUGCGCCCACCAAGCCUGGCCUCUCUGAAAGAGGGCUACAAAGGAGCACUGUUCGACGCAUCUCAAGCGCAAUCGCACUUCGAAAAGGACCUGAUCCCAUUCAUCCGCAUCCUCCUGAGGCAUUGCACUUUGAUCAAGGCUCUUCAUCUAGAAGGUGUUCCUCACGGCUUGACGGGUCCCCUAGAGGCCAUCUCUUGGCAGCUGGAAGAAUUCAGCUGUCUAAUCGGCCACUACGGUCGAGAUCUCAAACAAGACUUUUGGCUUGGGGACCGCUGGACGAGCCUAACUGAAUUGCAACUGCAUGGUCCACAGUUGAGGUUGACUGCCACUACAGCUUGCGCACUUGGCUCUCUCCGCCAGCUGAAAAAGCUAGCUUUGAUUGUGCCGGUGAUUAUCCCCUGCCGGACCAACUUGUCAUCUGAAUCGAUGGACACUUGGUUGCGGCGGGAUAGCAAACUUGGCAUCAACCCGCUUCAGAUUCUAAUCGAUCGCUCGACCAGCCUUGAAUACUUGCUAUUGGUGGGGCAUGGAGAGAAGGACUAUGUGGGGAAUACAGCAAAAGAUAGAAUAUGGCUGAGCAAUCUUGGCAUCCCUCUAACGAAUUCGGAACGCAAGCUGAGGGUGAAGCUGGUGACGGCGAUACGGAGGUAUGAGCGGAACAGUGAUGAUGAGGUUGGGCAGGCAAGGACGAGGGUACAUCCGUGCGAGGUUAGUGCUUGGAUGAUGGGCCGUGUUCAAAGGGGUUUGCAUUGGUUUGAGAAUGAAGAGGCGGUUCGGGCAAGUAGUGGCAAGGAGGAACUGAAUCAUUGGGUCGAGACGUUUGAGUUGCUCGAUCGUGGGGCGUCGACGACUGCAACUUCAGCAAUGAUGAGUAGAACAGGUAGCAACAACACUCCAGCCCGGCACAUUCAACAACAACAACAGCAGCAGAGAGUUAACGAAGCAAUAGACGCGGUAGAUAUGCUUUCAGACGACGACGAGGGGAGUUCGGAUGAAGCCUAG